UCACGUAUACACCGGCCAGCAGUGCCAAGAGCAAUCGCGGCUGCAGGAGCGGCGCUGCUCAUAGCCUUUUGGCGGCGCGCAGGUGAUGGUGGUGGUAACACCUGCACGUCGACUUUAUACGUUCGUGACUCCAUGUCCGAAGUCGCAGUCUCGCGCUUUCUCUGGCUCCGCAGGAGCCGUGUACGCGACUCGCGGGCCACGUGCUUUUCGACGUGCUUUCUUGCGUUACGUGCGGGUGCAUAAUACAGUACAGUGUGUGAACUUGUUAGGAGCUUUGUGCAGCCGGGCACACACGGGCGAGAUUACGGCAGGAAUUUUUACAUCACCGCGAGGUAUAUAUCGCGUUCUGGUUUCGUCACACGCAUACGCGAGCGCCGAACGAAUUUCUCCCACUGGCCGUCAGAUCGUCCUGGACUGCGGAAGGUUCGAAAGCCAUUCGAACUGCAGCCGACGACGAGCGAGACACAGUGAGCCAGAGCCGGGAACGUCGUCGAAGAUGAAACCGCAAACUCUCUUCACGCACUGAGUGAAAGAACGCCUUGCGCUCGCUCGAAGACUCUUCAAAACCGAAAAUCAGUCACCGAGGACGAAAAGAGGGUAGUAAAGGAGGAAAGAAGCCGGCAGAAUGGUGGCGGCGGUGGCGACGGUGGUGGCGGGUGCGCUGAAGGCCGCGACGGUGCUGCUCGGCGUGGGCAAGGUCGUGGCCUUCAUCCCCGCGCUGAUCGCGGCGAUCGCCUACUUCCACUACGACCUCAUGGACCCGGAAAAUCACCCGCGCGUUCAGCGCGAGCUCAGGCGCGAGUACGACUUUGUGGUGGUCGGGGGUGGCUCGGCCGGCAGCGUCCUGGUCAAUAGGUUGACCGAGAACCCGGACUGGUCGGUGCUGCUGCUCGAGGCUGGAGGUCACGAGACCGAGAUCACCGACGUGCCCAUACUCUCGCUUUAUCUGCACAAGAGCAAGCUCGACUGGAAGUACCGGGCGCAGCCGCAGGACUCGGCGUGCCAGGCUAUGGUAGACAAGCGCUGCUGCUGGACCAGAGGAAAGGUAAUCGGUGGCUCGAGCGUCUUGAAUACGAUGCUUUACAUUCGAGGAAAUCGACGCGACUUUGAUCAAUGGGAGAGCUUCGGAAAUCCCGGCUGGGGAUAUGACGACAUACUUCAUUACUUCAAAAAGUCCGAGGAUCAAAGAAAUCCCUACUUGGCUCGGGAUCAGAAGUAUCACGGAACUGGCGGAUACCUAACAAUCCAGGACGCCCCCUAUAACACACCCUUAGGUGUCGCCUUCCUGCAAGCCGGUGAGGAGAUGGGCUACGAAAUUUUGGACAUAAACGGAGCUCAGCAGACGGGCUUCGCUUUGUUCCAGUAUACGAUGCGUCGAGCGACGCGUUGCAGUACUGCUAAAGCCUUCGUUCGGCCAAUCAGCCUUCGGCCCAACUUCCACCUGUCGCUCUGGAGCCACGCGACCCGAGUCCUUAUCGAUCCGGCAACCAAGCGCGCUUACGGCGUCGAAUUCAUACGCGACGGCGUAAAACAGGUCGUCUACGCGCGCAAGGAGGUCAUCCUUGCAGCUGGAGCUAUCAACUCACCCCAGCUGCUAAUGUUAUCCGGUGUCGGACCAGCUCAGCACCUCAGCGAGGUUGGCAUCCCUGUUAUACAGGAUUCCCCUGGAGUUGGACAGAAUUUGCAGGAUCACAUCGCCGUCGGUGGUCUAGCUUUUCUCAUUGACCAUCCCAUUAGCAUCAUUUUCAACCGACUGGUUAACAUCAAUUCUGCGCUCAGGUAUGCCAUAACGGAGGAUGGCCCGUUAACCUCGAGCGUGGGUCUGGAAGCUGUGGGCUUCAUCUCCACCAAAUACGCCAAUCAGACUGAUGACUGGCCUGACAUCGAGUUUAUGAUGACCAGUUCCUCCACCAACUCAGACGGUGGUACGCAAGUGAAAAACGCUCACGGUCUCACCGACGAAUUCUACAACGAGGUCUUCGGCCAGAUCAACAGCCGAGACGUCUUCGGUGUCUUCCCCAUGAUACUUCGUCCCAAAUCUCGUGGCUUUAUCAAGCUUCGUUCUAAAAAUCCUCUGGAGUACCCGCUCAUGUACCACAACUAUCUGACUGAUCCGCAUGACGUAGACGUGCUGCGCGAGGGUGUCAAGGCAGCCAUCGCAUUUGGCCAGACUUCAACGAUGCGCAAGUUCGGCGCUCGGUUCCACAGCAAGCCACUGCCUAACUGCAAGCACUUGCCGCACUUCACAGACGAGUACUGGAACUGUGCGAUAAGGCAGUACACCAUGACCAUCUACCACAUGAGCUGCACUGCCAAGAUGGGACCACCGAGUGACCCCAUGGCUGUCGUUGACCCACAGCUCAGGGUCUACGGUGUAAAGGGACUAAGGGUCAUCGACGCCUCCAUCAUGCCCACCAUCACCAGCGGUAACAUUAACGCGCCAGUCAUCAUGAUCGCCGAGAAGGGAGCCGACAUGAUCAAGGAACAGUGGAUGAAGAGAAAGAGGAGGACGUACAGGAACGCUACCACUGCAGGUGUGGCGUGAUUUACUCUGCCGUGUGUUAAAGUUUCACAAGAUAGGCGAAUGCGUUGAAAGUGGAACAAAAACUGGAUCUACGAUUCGUAACGAGUGCGCGUCUACGGUUUCGUGGAGUUAACCAAAAAGUGGAAUCAAUGCAACUUUAGUGUUGGUUGUGCAAACGUUUUAGUGUUCGUGGACAUAGCGUUUAAUUUUCAAUGCGGAAUGAUCCUUUGGUCAGUGUAAUGAAUCAGAUAUUUGAAAUAAGGCUUCGAUACUAAGUUCAAGUAAACUUACAUAGCUGUACUAAAUUGACUUUUAACGAGCAAAGUUUACUAACCACAAAUCUUUGCAAAAGCAGGUCAGGAGUCAAUUUCAUUUUGUGAAUCAAAAGGGCGUCAGUAGCUUCGAAGGCAAAGAUAAAUUUAAGCUAGAUUCCAUCGACCGCAGCUGAAAUAUGUGCGCGUACUGCAGCGAUGCAAUCGAGCAGCGAAAUCAGUAUGUGGAUGGCAAUAAUUUCAGCCGCAUUAUCAGCGGAAUCUUGAGUCAGUGUGAGAGCUAUUCGACUUUCAGUUUGGCUAAGCAAUAUUGUCCUUCUACUUGUGCACCGGCCUCUCAAGACCAACGGGAUCUACCUUUCAUUUUUCUCUGCAAAUAUAUACUCGCUAAAGUAUUACAUAAAUAAGUUUAUCAGCAAGAGGCACUGCGAGUGAGUAUUUUGUAGAAUUUAGACAAGUCGUUUGGUGCGUCUCUAUUUACCUCAGAUUGUAAAAUAACUUUGUACAUUUCGUUAUAUGAGCAACGCAUUUCCGUUAAGUGCCAUUUGUGAAGGUGUUGAUAGUUGAUUUUAGAUGUAACUGUAAGGUCUUUUUAAGGAUUGUGAAUAAGUAGCGGUGUAAGAACUAUGUUUUUAUGUUACUGUUCAUGUUUACUGUUAAUGCAAGACUAAAUCAAAGUUAAAUUAUGCAUAGUGUGCUAAACUAAAUAUUAUAUUUUUAUACGUAAUGAAAGUCAAGUCACAACGAUAAAUAAAUCACCUCGUAUUCGUCUGUGAUACGAUUUAUGAAAAAUUUUGAGAACUAGUAUGUUAAAUUGAAAACUAUAUAACGUUUGUAAAUCAAAUUCUACUAAUUAGGCUUAACAAUAUUGUAUUUUGGUAGGCUUCAAUAGAUCUACAAAAUCUAAAUUUUCUCGUGUUUUUUUUACAAAUGAAGCAAUAAAAUCAAUUCAAAAAUA